ACCCAACCCCCCAACCUAUAUAUUCCACCCCCAUAGUGUGUUAGGUUAGCUUUCGAUGCCUUUUUCAUCAAAUCCUCGUCGAUCGGGAAGUUUAACCGACAUCAGGACGAGGAUAAUCACUGAACCGUGGCAAAACUUCUUCAAUAUUGAAGAUACAAUCGGAAGAGGAAAGUUUGCUGUCGUGAAGAAAUGUGUCGAGAAAUCAAGCGGCCGAAGAUUUGCCGCGAAAUGCAUCCGUAAACGACGUCACUGUCGCGAUUGCACGCCGGAUAUUUUCCAUGAGAUCGCUGUGCUCGAAAUAAGCACCCAUCAUCCACAUCUGAUCAAUUUAUAUAAAGUUUAUGAAACAACAACUGAAGUCACUCUUAUAUUGGAAUACGCUGCUGGUGGCGAGAUUUUCGAUCAUUGCAUCGGAGUGAAAGAUCCGUUCAAUGAAACAACGACGAGAAGAUUGUUGCAACAAAUAUUGGAGGCUGUUGAUUUCCUUCAUUCAAACAACAUCGUGCAUCUUGAUCUUAAACCACAGAACAUUCUCCUUACCGAGGGAGGAGUGGACGGCGAUAUUAAGUUGGUUGACUUCGGUUUGUCAAAGAUCCUCGCUCAAGAAAUUGAGAUUCGUGAAAUUCUUGGCACGCCUGAUUAUGUUGCUCCUGAAGUCUUGAAUUUUGAACCAAUCAGCACGUUGACCGAUAUCUGGUCAUUAGGCGUGGUUUGUUACGUGAUGUUGACGGGAGUCUCACCUUUCUUGGGCGAUAAUAAGAACGAGACAUUAAUGAACGUGACAACGGGGGUUCUCGACUUUCCCGAUGAUUUGUUUAAAUCGAAGAACGCAGCGUGUAAAGACCUCAUGACAAAGAUGUUACAACGAGAUCCAUCGAUGCGAAUAAACGCGCGGGAAUGUCUGCAACACCCGUGGUUGGUCGGAUCCGUUCAUCCACGAGAUAAUAUUCUACCGAUACAAGAUGAAGUGUUUCCCGUAGAUGUUGUGUCUGGCAACACUGGAUCUGGCAACACUGGAUCUGGCAACACUGAAUCUGACAACACUGAAUCUGGCAUCACUGGAUCCGACAUCACUGGAUCUGGCAACACUGAAUCCGGCAACACUGGAUCUGGCAACACUGGAUCCGGCAACACUGAAUCUGGCAACACUGGAUCUGGUAACUCUGAAACUGGCAACACUGAAUCUGGCAACACUGGAUCCGGCAACACUGAAUCUGGCAACACUGGAUCUGGCAACACUGGAUCCGGCAACACUGAAUCUGGUAACACUGGAUCUGGCAACACUGGAUCCAAUGCCACCACUACAAUUAACGGAAAUGGAACAGACAUGAAUAGCAACUUGCUUCAUUCCACCAAAGCUGGUGAGUUGCGUACCACACAUGAGGAUAAGGAAAACUCACUCAGCCCCCCAAACUCACUCAGCCCCCCAACCCACGACAAACCACCCACCCAACAUGAAGAACAAUCGAAGUUGUUUCCAGUUUCCCCAAAACAAAGCACUAAACGUCGAAGGUGUGAUUUUAUUAAAAGUGAUUCGAACACUGUCCAUGUAUAUACCUCUGCGACAACAUCGACGCAAACUACUUAAUUUGCCGGCAAUGUUCGCAAAAUAUUUGGUAAAAAUGUUCAAUUUAUUACGAACUAUUUAUUAUUUCAACAUAUUGCACAAUAAUGACAUUCGUCCAAAAUUAGUAACUUUUUUAUGAAACACGUAGAGCUACCCCCACCCUAUUAAACACGUGUUCGCAAACCAAAGUGAUUUUCCUGAUUGUUUAUUUUUUAAUCCGCUGACAUUAUUCACCGAUUGCGAGUUUUAUUGAUUUUUACUUUUCGCACAUUCCAGUUUUACCCCACACACACGCGCAGGGUUGUUGAUAUUUUUCCACCAAACUUAAUGCUGGCAUUGAGUGGGUUUAUUACAACUAACUUUGUGUGAUGACAUUAAAUUUAUAUUUAAAUCU